UUGAGAUUAUUACAAGUAACCUAAUAAAUUCUACUAUUUCUACGGCAAAUUCAGUCAUUUACAAUCGAAAAUUUUCUCCGUGCAUUCCAUGUUACUCCAGCUAUCCCAUAUUCGUUUAUGGAUAUUUAGACUCUCCAUAAGUAACUACUGACAGCAUCUGUCAUGGAAUUUCAACUAAUUCAUUUACUAAUUUGGCAUAGGUACAUGUUAAAAUAGAUAUCGCAUGAAUGAAGCCCUUUUCAUUCAUGCCAAAAUUUUUUCAACGCUACCAGAUGAAUUCAACAUGUAAGGCUACAACUAACAUUCCAAUGUUGACAUUUAAUAAUGGUAAGAAGUUCCCACUUUUCGGUUUGGGUACUUGGAAAUCGAAACCAGGAGAUGUAACGUGCGCAGUUAUGUAUGCCAUAGACAUAGGAUAUAGACAUAUCGAUUGCGCUUAUAUUUACGGAAAUGAGAAGGAAGUAGGAAGAGGUAUUUCAAUGAAAAUUUGCGACAAUACCGUCCAAAGGAACGAAUUGUACAUUACUAGUAAAUUAUGGAACACGUUUCAUGAACCCUGCUUAGUCAAAUCAGCAAUAGAAAUGACCCUUUCAAAUUUAAGAAUUGAUUAUCUGGACUUGUAUUUGAUUCAUUGGCCCUUUGGAUGGAAAGCAGGUGAUGAUCUGUUUCCAAGGACAAAUGAUGGAAAAUCCAUUUUUAGUAAGGUAGAUUACGUGGACACCUGGAGAGCGAUGGAAGAGGUGUGUAAGAAUGGUUUAGCAUUGUCAAUUGGUGUUUCAAAUUUUAAUGAAAGACAACUCAAUCGAGUUCUUCAAAUUGCCAAAAUACCACCAGUAACAAAUCAGAUCGAACUUCAUCCUUAUCUUACUCAAAAAAACCUAACGGAGUAUUGUAAAUCGAGAUUCGUUAUGUUAACUGCAUACAGCCCUCUUGGAUCUCCAGACCGUCCGACGUAUUCAGCAGAUGAACCAGAAUUACUAAAAGACAAACGUUUGGAAGAACUUGCAAAAAAGUAUAACAAAACACCAGCUCAAGUAUUGUUAAGAUAUCAAGUACAACAGAGACGUAUAACGAUUCCCAAAUCUGUAACUCCUGCCAGAAUCAGGGAAAAUAUGGAAAUAUUUGAUUUCGAGAUAUCUAAAAGCGACAUGGGAUAUAUCGACACUUUUAACAAAAACCUGCGAUUUUGUGCCUCUCUUGAAUCAGUUGGUCACGAACAUUACCCUUUCACAGUGUCUCCUUGUCCUUAAAUUAAGGUGUCGAGAAAGGAAAAAUAGCAACCAUAAGAAGCUUUAAUGGUGAUCGCGACUGUAACAUUAAAACAAUCCAUUUUAUUAUUGAUUUCUUAACUUUUGUAAUUUCGCAACAUUAUUUCCUUAUCACAGUUCUAUUAUCAUCAAAGUAACAUGACGAUAAAUAAUAUUCCAUUUAGUUUUCUAAUCAAUUAAAAGUAAUAAGUCACCCAAAUCAGUUGUUAUUUUCUAGAAAGCUUUUAAUGUUUAUUGAUGGCUAAUCUGCAAUCAAUAAAUUAAAGAAUCAUCAUCAUAGGGUCUUCAGCGCACAUCCACGUCUCCCUGUCUCGGAAAUUAGAGCAGCUUAUAUCUCUGAAUCAUUUAACAGUAAUGUAAUCGAUGUCUAUCUAUCUCAACCCCUCAUAACUCUUGUUUCUGUUUCUAAUAUGUCUCUAACUAACCCUUUAUAUCUGAACAUACCUCACCUACUUCUUAUUGACUUCUAUAACGUCCUCUAUUCUCCUAUUCUUUUUAAUGGCCCUCGAAAGUUUGCCAAUCAACAAAUUGAAAAAUUGAUACGUCUCAUUAAAAAAAUAUAUUCCCUCGUUGAUACCAAAACUAAAUAAUUCAAAUACUGUAUGUACAAAAGCAAAUUAUUCAUAUGCUGUACGCUGGAACAACGAAAUCCGUAAGGAGUGUUAACACUGAUGUUCAAAUCCAACAGCAGGAAUUUGCUAAGUGUCACUUUGUUUGGUACAUAUCCUAGAUUUUUAAAAAUAUGGCACUAAAGGUAUGUAGUUUAUGGUUCCCUGUUUUAAAUAUGUAUUCUACAUUCCACAUUACCCGGUUUAAUAUGUUGGGAUGUAUAGGGCGACAUUACUGUGGAAGUCAAUAAGAUAUAGACGAGAUACGUUGGUGGGACACAUUCUCAGACAUGAGGGUCUAGUCAGAGACAUAUUAGAGGCAGAAGCAGGAGUUAGGAGGGGUA